AUGCUGAAUCGUUUUGUUAUUGUUGCUGAUUAUUUGUUGGUUACUGCUACUAGCUCUAGCAGAAAUGUCAGUACCUCCCGAAUCGCACAUGAGGUCUAUCUUGGAAAAGGAGAUGAAGAAUUAUCGAUUUUUUUGUAUGAAAGAAAAUCAUUAGUAUUGUAUAUCCAUGAUGUUGCCAGAGACCGGCUAAAACAGCAGAUCGCCAUCGCUCAUCGGAAUCCUCCAUUUCUUGUUUUUAAGAACAGCCGGACAAUUCAAGCUGUACUGGGAAUCUUUGGAAAGAUGGCAGCAUUGUGUCGGAACCGUUGCAAAAAUGAUGGAAAAAAGAAUUUUGAGUUAGAAGCGGCCAGAAAUUACUGGGAUGUUCCCACCACACCAGAUGACAGCGGAUGGGGUCAUAGAUAA